UUUAUGAAGCGCUAUCUGUGCGGAAGAGUAUUGUCAAAUCAUGUACACAGUUCCUUCGAUUCUGCCUGCUACUCUUCUGUUCACAUAGCUGGUAAACGAUUAAUCUUAGGUGACAAAUACAAUCUAAUUAAGUAAAGCUGUUUAGCGAAGAAGAAGCUCACAGCCGGAGUUAAUGAAAUGAGAAAUGACAGCUCGGCUAAGCUUAUACAUACGUUCGAUUGUGAUAGGAUAUUGAUGUCUAAAGUGGGGAUAGUAGAGGUUUCAUCGGUUGUUUCGAGUUUCGAGUUUCGACCAGUGAACUAAACGGUAACAGUUAGCGCAGAGCUGCGCAGUGCGCAGUGUGGCAGUGGAGCGCAGGGAGCGCAAUUCGCAGUACACGUCGUACACAGUGGUCAGUUCGGAGCAUCGGACUUUCAUUGUGUGCGGUGGUCCAGUUGUCACGUUUCUUUAUAAGUUAUUUCAAUUUCGAUUUACAUAGUAAAUAAAUCAAAGGAAAUUAGAUAUCAGGGAAAUUUUAUCUUCAAUUUAAUAAUUAAAAUAAUAUUUAACAAUGGGUCCGCCGAAACGUUUCAAGAAAGAUGACAGAGGUAAAUGGAAGAAACGUAAGGAAGAUCCGGAAGAGUAUAAUGAUGAUGACCCGUUAGAUGAUAAUGAAACUGAAGGUGUACCUGACGCUGCAAAAAAUGAUAUUGAGAAGCACGAUGAAACUGCAUUGGAAGAUGAAUUCGGAGCGAAAGAUUAUCGGUCACAAAUGAUUCUGAAACCUGAUUGUGCCUCAAGGCCGCUCUGGGUGGCACCAAACGGUCACAUCUUUUUGGAAUCUUUCUCACCUGUGUACCAGCAUGCGCAUGAUUUUUUAAUAGCUAUAUCAGAACCUGUAUGUCGUCCAGAACACAUACAUGAGUAUAAAUUGACUGCUUAUUCAUUGUAUGCCGCUGUCAGUGUCGGCCUGCAAACGCAUGACAUAAUAGAAUACUUAAAAAGACUUAGCAAGACUAGUAUUCCUGAUGGAAUUAUAGAGUUUAUAAAACUAUGUACAUUGUCGUAUGGCAAAGUAAAAUUAGUAUUAAAGCACAAUAAGUAUUUUGUUGAAUCCCCAUUUCCUGAAGUACUACAGAAGUUAUUGAAGGAUCCAGUGAUCCAAGAAUGUCGAUUGAAGAAGAAUGUAGAAGAUGAGAAGGAUGAAAUAAUUACGAAUGUUCAAUUAAAAACGAAGACACCGCAGUUUGGAACAAAAGCGGUAACUAAUGUUCCAACCGGAACGACCAAAGUACAAGAAACGACUAAUGAUCAAGUUCCAGCCGAAGUAGCUGCUGUUCCUGAAGAUAUAACUACGUUCUAUGAUAAAAUGGAUAAGGAAGACGAGGAUGAAGAGGAAGAACAUGAAUUAAAGACUGUUAGUUUUGAAGUAAAUCAGGAAAAAAUUGAAGUGAUACAGAAAAGAUGUAUAGAGCUGGAAUAUCCUCUAUUAGCAGAAUAUGACUUUCGUAACGAUACUGUAAAUCCAGACAUAAAUAUCGAUUUAAAGCCAUCGGCUAUGCUCAGACCAUAUCAGGAAAAGAGUUUAAGAAAAAUGUUCGGAAACGGACGUGCAAGAUCAGGUGUCAUAGUUUUGCCUUGCGGUGCCGGCAAGAGUUUAGUCGGGGUAACAGCUUGCUGCACGGUUCGAAAACGUGCGCUGGUACUAUGUAAUUCUGGAGUAUCGGUAGAGCAAUGGAAACAGCAAUUUAAAAUGUGGUCGACCGCGGACGACUCGAUGAUUUGCCGAUUCACGAGCGAAGCUAAGGACAAACCCAUGGGCUGCGGAAUCUUGAUCACGACGUACUCGAUGAUCACUCAUACACAGAAACGCUCGUGGGAAGCGGAACAAACUAUGCGUUGGCUACAGGAACAGGAAUGGGGAAUCAUGGUCUUAGAUGAGGUGCACACAAUUCCCGCUAAAAUGUUCAGAAGGGUGUUAACUAUCGUUCAGUCUCACUGUAAAUUGGGCUUGACUGCAACAUUGCUUCGUGAAGAUGACAAGAUUGCCGAUUUGAAUUUUCUUAUUGGUCCUAAAUUGUACGAAGCAAAUUGGUUGGAAUUGCAAAAAAGGGGCUUCAUCGCGAGGGUACAAUGUGCCGAAGUUUGGUGCCCGAUGACGCCUGAAUUUUACAGAGAAUAUCUUGGAUGCAAGAUGAGUAAAAAACUGUUGCUUUACGUGAUGAAUCCGAACAAAUUUCGUGCUUGCCAAUAUUUGAUUCGAUAUCACGAAAGACGUGGCGACAAAACCAUCGUCUUCUCAGACAACGUGUUUGCCUUGAAGCACUACGCCAUUAAAAUGAAUAAACCGUAUAUUUAUGGGCCCACUAGUCAAAGCGAGCGGAUUCAAAUCUUGCAAAAUUUUAAAUUCAAUACUAAAGUGAACACGAUAUUCGUGAGCAAAGUAGCAGAUACUUCUUUCGAUUUACCGGAAGCUAAUGUCUUAGUCCAAAUAUCCUCGCACGGCGGGUCAAGACGCCAGGAGGCUCAACGUUUAGGACGAAUUUUGAGAGCUAAAAAAGGCGCUAUCGCAGAGGAAUACAAUGCAUUUUUCUACACUCUCGUAUCGCAAGACACGAUGGAGAUGAAUUAUUCGAGGAAGCGUCAACGUUUCCUCGUUAAUCAGGGAUAUGCUUAUAAAGUUAUUACAAAGCUUGCAGGAAUGGAGGAUGAGCCGGAUUUGAUGUAUUCAUCUCAUGAAGAGCAAGGCCAUUUAUUGCAACAAGUUCUCUCCGCCAGUGACAUGGACGCAGACGAGGAGAGGAUACCUGGCGAAGGGCCAAGACCAAUUAUACGCAAAGCUGGAAACAUGACUUCGAUAUCUGGGGCAGACGACGCAGUUUAUUACGAAUAUAAAAAGGCUCCUAGUUCAUCAACGGCUAACAAGCAUCCAUUGUUCAAGAAAUUUAGAACAUAA